AUGCGUUCAACAGAUCUCGAAGAAGCUUCCGCCAAUUACUCGAAGUUUUUUGCAAAAUGUCAAAAAGAAGAACUACAGGAUGAGAACUGGACCCGAUCUGGUUUGAAAACCUCUUCGAGGUUCACGGAAUACUCCGGCAAAAAAAACCCUGUUAUCUCACUAGAAUUCAAUCAAUUAGGAUCUUACCUGGCUUACAGUCGAAGUGAUGAGUCGCUCAAUAUCUGGAAGUUGAAAGCGGAUCGGUCUGAAACAUACACAUUGGUUCGCGACAUACCAGGGCUGCAAAAAAGGCAAAUAUGUGACAUGUCGUGGCACCCAAUGACGGGAUUUUUGCUGUCCACGGUAGGUGGUACGAAUUGCAUCAUUGUAUAUGAUGUAUCCACGGGCGCUUUGGCCAAAAGAAUCGACGUAGAGGCUAACUUUAGAUUCUACAAGUGUGAAUACAAUCCCAGUGGCAGGUGGCUCGCUGUGUUUUCCGAAGACGGCAGGUUUUGCCUGUUUGAUGCAGACCAAAAUUAUGAAUUGCUCUUCACCUCGCAGCUCUACGAGCAACAUUCGGAGAACACUCCAGAUUUGAGAGCUACAUCGGUCAUUUGGUCGCAUAGCGGUGACAGCAUAUACGCAGCUUUCAACUCUGGCGAAAUCAGAUCAUUCCAUGUCCAGGAUACUGGUUUACGUGAAAUAAUGCGGGUUUCAGGGCAUACUGGUCCCGUGAAUUGCUUGAAGUUGGAUCCCGCAGGGUCGAUCCUGUUGGCUGGGGGACAGGACACUACGUGUUCUAUAUGGGAGUUGACAAGUAUGUGCUGCACGGGUGUGAUCAAUGAUUUUUCCGACUCUAUCAGGGAUAUGGACUUGUGUCACAACGGUCUUGCCUUAGCUUUAAGCUCACCAACGCAGUGUAAGAUAUAUGCUCUCGAUACAAGAGAAUCAUUAUACCAAUUGAGUUUUACAAGUGAAAUUGAAAGUCCGAAGUUUCGAUAUUUUCCAGGAAAGAUGGCAUUCGUGACUAUCACCGAGAAUGAGAAUCUAGCCAAAUAUAAUGUACCGGAUCCUGUCCAUAUUUCAAAUCAACGAAUUCCUUGCGAAGUUGAGAAACGGAAACGAGGAGAACAGAAGACGGGAGUUUUGGGUGUUAGUCGUCGCGAAGAAGAGCCAGCGCGUAGAGGUAGAUUUUCGAAGAGACCGCCGAGACGGUAG